AUGGAGGCUGCAACCGUCGCAGCGGACUUGGGAAAGCUAUUUCGUCUAAUCCGUGUCGCAGCACGAAAGAGACAGACAUCGGAUCCACUGUUGCGCAACACUCUAGGCCAAAUUAUUCGGGGAACCGAACAGAAAAUGCAAAUUGCUGCUCAACCGCCCAUCAAACCAACAUGGCUCUCCACAGGUGUCAAGCAGUUCGGAGACCUACAAAAUCAAUUGCGACUCACCUAA